UAACUGGGCUGCGGCCGUAAAUAAAUUUUCCUUCUAUGUUCAAUGCUGAGAUGUGUACAUAAAAAUGGCGUUAUUUAUCUUGGUACAUAGUCCGUGAAAAACAUUAGUUUUUGAUACUUUAUCAAUCUCAAAUAAUGGAAAGUGCUUCAGAAUCUGGAAGCCAGGGACAUUCACGAGUGGAAUCAGAACUGUAUUUCCUCAUCGCCAAAUUUCUCGAAUUAGGACCCUGUAAAAAGACAGCUGAGGUUUUGAAGCGAGAAAUCGAAGGAAAUGGGCUUUUACCAAAGAGGAUUGAUUGGCUAGGAGAGCAACAUGAGAGAGACUUUGAUAAUUUGAAUACUUUGUAUGGCCAUAUAGCACCAAAACAUCUGCUAAAAGUAUGUCAGCGUGUUGGACCACUCCUUGAAAAAAGUAUUGCCCCAAGUGUUUGUGGUGUCAAGUCUCUUCUCGGAGCGGGUCGCCUGUCCUUGCUGAGGACUGAAGAUGAUGUCAAAUUCACAAAAUGGCCUGGAACGAUACAUGCUGCAACUCGCCAUGGCAGGCCGUUGGGUCCACCAUCAAACUUAGCAAAUCCUCCAAAUAUCAUCAAUGUUCUGAGAGGUCGAGAAGUUUCAGGUACCGUGCGCUAUGAUCAUGCAGUGCCAUGGAAGACGUAUGGUACCAAGUUUACGAUGCAUUCCAGGGCCGUAGUACACUUGUCCUCCGUCUACUGCGUGGCCUUUGAUAGAGCUGGCAGAUACAUUUUCACUGGUGCUGAUGACUGCUUGAUAAAGGUAUGGUGUGUCAUGGAUGGGCGACUACUUGCAACGUUCCGGGGACAUUCGGGAGAGAUAACCGACAUUGCUGUCAACUAUGAGAAUACAAUCUUGGCGUCGGGGAGCUGUGAUAAGUUGAUCAGGAUCUGGUGUCUACGGACGACGUCACCACUAGCUGUCUUGACGGGCCAUACUGGCAUGAUCACCUCUGUACAGUUCAGUCCAUUGGUACGAGGUAACACACGGUACCUUGCAUCGACUGGUGGAGAUGGCUGUGUCUGUUUCUGGGAGUUUAAUGCAUCCAAUUACAAGUUCAAUCCAAAACCGGCUAAGUUCAUUGAGAGGUCACGAGCUGGAGCUCAGAUGUUGUGCUCCUCCUUCAGCCCCGGUGGAAUCUUUUUGGCAACCGGCAGCACAGAUCAUGUGAUCAGGGUAUUCUGUUACCUUGGUACGGUCCCAGAGAAGAUCUGUGAAUUAGAGUCGCACAUGGAUCGAGUAGAUAGCAUCCAGUACAGCCACCGGAGUGACCGGUUUGUCAGUGGUAGCCGUGAUGGUACGGCUCGAAUCUGGCGGUUUGACAGACAGGAGUGGAAGAAUCUGGUACUCGAUAUGGCCACAAGAUUAACAAAAGCUCCCUUGGAAGAAGAACAUCAUGUGAACAAAUUUAAAGUAACCAUGGUCGCCUGGAGCCUUGACGACAGAUUUGUCAUCACAGCUGUUAACGACUGUUCAUUGAAGGUGUGGGAUUCAUCUACGGGUGAACUGAGACAAGUCCUCAAGGGCCAUGAGGAUGAAGUGUUCGUGCUGGAGACCCAUACAAUAGAUCCUCGUAUCUUGCUCAGUGCUGGCCAUGAUGGGAAGAUCAUCAUUUGGGAUCUCUUCUCUGGCAAACUUGUCAACACCUUCAAGAAUUCGAUUGCUGGCCAGGGAUAUGGUGCUGUUUUUGACUGCAAAUUCUCUUGUAAUGGACAGAACUUGGCAGCUACUGAUUCCCAUGGUCACCUCCUCAUCUUUGGCUUCGGCAGCAGUGAGAAAUACAAAAAGAUUCCAGAUGAGAUCUUCUUCCAUACCGACUACCGACCUCUCAUACGUGAUGCAAACAACUUUGUGUUGGAUGAGCAGACACAGCAACCUCCUCACCUCAUGCCACCUCCCUUCUUGGUGGAUGUUGAUGGGCUUCCUCAUCCUCCCAAAUACCAACGUCUCGUGCCGGGAAGGGAAAGUUGUAAUGAUUCACAGUUGUUGCCACAGAUUGGUGUUGCCAUCAAUGGUAAUCGUGAAGUGAUAGAUGAUCAGCUGCUGAAUAUACCAGUCAUAGAAGAAGAGGAGGAGGAACCUCCACCGCCUGGAGAAGGUGGCCAAGUGGUCCUUGAUGCCGCCAUUCGUCUCCUCCAACAUGAACAGGAUAUAAGACUUGGAGGUCCAAGUCGAGAGCCUCUCAGAUCUAUAAGCAUUGAUGGUCCUUCUGGUUCUAAUCGAGUGCGCCGGCGUGGUGGUGAGGGUGUGCGCCAGGCCGAGGGGAAUGUCCCUGUGUCUCACCGCGCCACUAACAGUGAGGUGCAAGCUCUCAAGAAGAGGGUGUUGAUAAGAGCGAUGGACCCAGCUGUAUAUAAGAGUAUUCAACAUUGGAGAAAGAGUGCAACAGAAGAAGAGAUGAAGAAGUACAUUCAUGAAAGGAAAAGGAAGCCUCUACCUCUUGCUAGGACUGACUCCAGUGACUCUGGUAGUCAUAUGCGGACUCGAAGGAACAAAAAGAAGGGUCGUAAGCAUGCCUACGGUACUCGGGGCAACAAUGAGGAGACUGGGGUGAAUCGCCUCGUGACCAGGGCACUCUAUGACACAGAAGUGGAGGAUUCUAAUAGUGAUACGAUCAUCCAAACAGAUAAUGAAGUGGAACAGUUGGAAAACUGGAGUAGUGCACAUUCUGUUGGGGGUGAGUCUAGUGACUAUUCUGAUUGGAUAGCGGACACAGGACUUAGCCUCCAACCCCCAAAACGUUCACAGCGCUCAAGAAAACGGCGUAAAGUGUCAUCAUCAGAGGCCGAAACAGAAGUUGAAGGUGAUGGUGAUGUCCCAGUAGCAUCAACAGCCAAGAGAAAGCCUCCACCAAGAAAGAAAGAAAAAAAGAAAAUUAUCAAAAAAAGUGUACCCCACAUGGAGGACAUCAAAGAAGUGCCUGAAGCAUUCAUCCCUCCAAUAUGGCUGACAGACACAAUACCUCGUAAAGCCCCCUAUGUGCCACAGAUGGGUGAUGAAGUGAUGUACUUUCGACAAGGCCAUGAGGCGUAUGUUCAUGCAGUAAAGAGACGAAACGUCUACAACCUGGAUCCUAAUCGAUACCAGCCUUGGCACAAAAUGCCGAAUCUCAGGGAACAUGAGUUGGUGAAAAUUAUCGGAAUCAAAUACGAGGUUAAACCUCCCAGACUGUGCUGCCUCAAACUGGCAUUCAUGGACCCUUCUUCAGGUGCUUUAACAGGCUCGUCAUUCAAUAUCAAAUAUCAUGAUAUGCCUGAUGUUAUCGAUUUCUUGGUGCUAAGACAGAUGUAUGAUAAUGCCAUGCGGAGGAAUUGGAAACCUGCUGAUCGUUUCUGUUCGCUUAUUGACGAUGCGUGGUGGUUAGGCACGAUAGAAAAUCAAGAACCAUUCCAGUCAGAUUUUCCAGAUAGCUUAUUCCAGUGCUUUAGUGUGGCGUGGGACAAUGGCGAGUUUGAGAAGAUGAGCCCAUGGGAUCUUGAAGGCAUUCAUAAAAGACGGAUACCGAAAGACAAGGGCGGUAGUGUUCCUGUCACUCCAGCUGAACUGAAACAGCUUCUGUAUUCACCCAAGGCCAAUGAAUGGCCUCCCUGCAGCCGUGAUGCCGAGUGUGAACGCAUCGUUCAUGGGUUAGAGACGAUCAUGCAGCUCUCGAGAGCGGAACCAUUCAUCGCGCCGGUGGAUCUCAGCUCCUAUCCGGUCUACGCCAUUGUUGUGGAGUACCCUAUUGAUCUCAACACUAUCAAGGAACGACUCGCCAACAGGUUCUAUAGGAGAAUCAACGCCCUACAGUUCGAUGUACGUCACAUUGAAUCCAAUUCGAACAAAUUCAAUGAAGCAGGGACUGACAUUAAUAAGUCAGCGAGGCUGAUCACAGAUGUCUGUCUCAAGUUUAUCGAAGAUAGCAACUGUGAUGACCCAAUGAUUAUCUACAAUCAACGAGCAAAGGAUUUUGAUCUUGAAGGUGGCACAUCAUCAGAAACUGAUUCAGAAAACGAGGAUGGCGACUACCACAGCCCAUCAAGAAGGCAUUCCAGACACGAAAGUGCCCCAGAUAGUAACUCAUGGAAGAGAGAUUGCUUGGGUCUGCUUGAAACCAUGGUUGAGAAUGAUGACUCCCUCCCCUUCAGGUAUCCUGUCAGUACUCAGGCUCACCCGGAUUAUACUGAGAUUAUUGACCAUCCGAUGGACCUGAGCAAAAUCAGAACUAAGUUUGAUAACGAUCGUUACGUAGGACCAGGAGACUUUGCAAAGGAUAUGCGCCUCAUAUUCAACAAUUCAAAAUCAUACAACACAAAUAAAAAAUCCAAGGUAUAUUCGAUGACAUUGCGACUGUCUGCGUUCUUCGAUGACAGGAUCCGACAGAUCAACAGUGAUUGGAAAUCAGCUUUACGCUUUGAGAAGACUGGCAGGCAAAGGGGAUUCCGGAGUAGGAGGCCUUUGUCACCAUCACCUGCUCAGCCAUCAAGACCCUUUCCCAUUGGCCCGUCCACGUCAUCAACUGCUGGUCCAUCGAGUUCUAGUCGUGAUAGAACAAGCAGAAGUGCUAAAAGUUUGGCCAACCCUCCCCCGAAGAGGCGUCGAUUGGUGAGUGAAGAGAGGCCAUCCUCUUCAGACCAGGAAACAGAUGAAGAAGUGAAUGUGGAAACAGACUCACCAAGGAGGAAAACACCAAGGUCAAAUAAAGGCAAACAGCCGUUGUUAAAUGGCCAUUCAAAAACUGGUCGAUAUCAAGUGCGCAAAAUCUCACGAGCUGCUGCACCAACAAAGAGUUUUGCUGAGGCAUCUGGUAGUUCAACUGAAGAAGAAGAGGAGGAAGAAGAGGAAGAAGAAGAAGAGCAUUCUGUUGCUAAGUCAACUGGAACUAGGACAAGGAAUGUGGUGGUAAAUAAUACUGAUGAAAAUAGUGAGGAAGAGGGCUCAUCAGGAUCUGAGCCUGGGAGUAGCUCAGAUGAUUCAUCUAAUGAUGAUGAUAAUGACUCGAGUAGUAGCACAUCAGAAUCGGAAAGUGAGGAGGAUAAAUCAUCUCGGAAGCUACGAGGUCGCUCGGAAAGAAAACCCGUCCAGCGACAUGUUGUAUCGCAUGAUUCUGAAAGGCGCAGUCGGAAUACGCGAAAUAGGGGACAACGGACAUUCAACUAUGGCGAGGACAGUGAUUAUGAUGGGUUUGAUGAUAUGGAAAUGUCGUCACAGACGAGUAUAAGUAGUCGUGGAAGGGUGCGCAAGAUUACACCUCGUGCUAGAGCAAGUUUGGGCAUGAGUUAGCAGACACCUUGAUGAUUUGGUGCCCGUGUGAUUAUCUUAUGUGCGAGAGCAAGGUUGCGAAUGAGGUUACAUAUGCCUUGAUGAUCAAGUGCCCUUGUGAUAUAAGUACUACCAGUGCUGUCCUAUCUGUGUAUAUGAGUUUACACAAAGACUAUAUUUGCCAUAUACCGGUAUGCACCGGAUGUACACGUUAUCGACUGCAUAUAUUAAUCUGUGUGGCAGCCUGUGAUGAGUGAAUUUUGAGUUGAUUAUCCUUCGAGGACAUUGAAUAAGCACCAAGGCGGUGUUGAUUCAAAGGCCUCGAGGAAUGUUAGAGGCUGUUCACUUAUCAACAUGGCUGUAUUUUGACAGAAGGAUGGAUUCUCUGUGAUUAAGCAAUUUUUUGGUAGUUUUCUUAAGUUUUGGCCACUUGGCCAAUUGGCAUCUGGCCUUUAUAUUGCCACCUCAUUUGCAGCAAACCUAUCUACCUCCAUUAGAAUCAGGUGUAAUAUAUAUAUGAAAUCCCCGGCACAAGUUUGGACUGCUGUUGGUUGGACCGCUGGUCCCAUGUGCUAUUGUUGCCUCUAUUGCAGAGUGUGGACAUGCCAGCCAUUGUUAAUGAUGUUGGACGUAAAGUGUGGGCACAUGGAUUCACCGGGGUGAUUGUUUGAUCGAUUUUUCACCUGUCUUCGGAUGUAGAAGUUCCUCUGUAAGGCCGCUCUCACUUGUAACAUGCAUAGGCAUGCUUAGUUGUCACCAUGGUGACCCUGCCAAGUUAUAUGCAACUCAAGUCUUUAGCUAUCAAGUCAAUAUUUCUUUAAAACCAAGUUCGUGCAGAUGGUUACAAACUGAAAAGAUUUUCUAAAACCAUGUCUGAAGACGAAAGGGUGGUACUGCAAACCAAUCCAUUUUGAAGGAGAGCUUCGUAAGUCUGUUACCGGUCUAUAUGUUAAUUAGUCAUGCCUCUAGUAUGCUCAGUACAUUGUAUCAUAUCAUUGUUUCACUGCCGCCAGAGAUUUAUAUUUGAAAUAAAAUUUCAUAUGAUUUGUGUAAA